AUGUGUGAUAAAUGCCAGCACUGGGUACAUCAAAUUUGUGCUUUGUACAACUAUGAAAUCGACUCGGACAAGACGAAGGAGUAUAUUUGUCCGAGAUGCCGCAUAGGGGAGAAUGUUGUUGGUCAGAAGGCGAUACCUACCGCGGCAAAAAGUCUUCCCACAACUAAGCUUAGCGAUCAUUUAGAGUGGAGACUCUCCCACAGUCUUCGCCAAGAGGCGAAAUCAGCAGGACACGAUGUUGUACCCGAUCUUGUGGUUCGAGUUGUUUUAGCUGCCAAUGAAAAAUUAGAAGUGAAGCAGCAAUUUCUAAAUAUGUUCAAGGGUCAUCAGUAUCCCGCAGAGUUUCCAUAUAAGUCUAAGGUUAUCCUAUUGUUCCAAAACAUUGAAGGCGUAGAUAUAUGUCUCUUUGCUAUGUACGUCCAAGAGUUUGGAUCAGAUUGCAGAGAACCCAAUUCGCGUUGCGUCUACAUUUCUUAUCUCGAUUCGGUUAAUCAUUUUACUCCUAAAAGGAAAACAGUUGCUGGUGCUUCUCUACGUACCUUUGUAUACCAUGAGAUACUGAUUGGAUACCUUGAUUACUGUAAGAAUCUCGGUUUUACAACUUGCUACAUAUGGGCGUGCCCACCUACUGAAGGUGUUGCCGAGGAUUUGAUUGGAAAUCUUGAAAAAAGAAUUGGAGACAAUGGAAGAAAGGAUGCAAUGGUGAUGAAAGAGAAUUUGGUGAAGAACAUACCUGCCUGCACAGAGGAUAAUGAUCUAAUUCUUGAUAAUGAUUUCAUUAAGGAUAGAUCUUCUUUUCUAAAAUUUUGCGAGGAGAAACACUUCCAGUUUAAUACACUUCGGAAUGUUAAACAUUCGACAAUGAUGAUCUUGUAUCAUCUACACAAAAAGAUAGGAUCAACUGGAAGUUGCAGCACUUUUCACGUGGAUGGUUCGUUGACACGGACUCGUCAAAAAUGCUAUGAGAGAGAUCGUGAGGCCUGUCUUGAACAUCCGCAUAUAUCAGAAGCAAUAAAGACCAACCAAGAACCGGAGAAGAAGGGCAAAGAGGAUGAUAUAGUGCAUGCAACUGGACCAAGCCGUGAUCGGGAGGAGUGUCAUUCAUUGUCGAAACAACUACUUGAGCACUUUAUCAGCUGCGUUGAUUCCAAUUGUCCUCUGCGGCUUAGCAUGCGUAGGACAUAA